AUGAACGGCGUGAAAUGGCUGGCUUGGUUUGUAACUGUUUGUUCGGCCAGUCAAUACGACAGUGGGAGCGAGAAGAAUGGCCUCACUGAUGGUGGAGGGAAUUCUACAAUACGGCUAGAACCAAUAGAAGGGACGCCUAAUUUCAGGUUGAUCAAGCCAGAGAAAGGAACGCAGUGGUUUCCUGAAAGGGAAAUUAAACUAGACAGUUGCGUUCGAAAAUCUCGAUGUGAACCUCUCAACAAGACCACAUGCCUUGGUGUCAAACUACCCUACAACAAAACGAGCGUUCGACUAACAUUUUAUGACACACAAUAUAAAAUUCAGAACCAGCUUGAAUUGUACAGGGAACUCAUAAAUGUACCAAAAUGUUGGGCUGUAAUACAGCCCCUGUUGUGCGCAACUAUGAUGCCAAAUUGUGAAAAAAUUAACGGCCAAGACAUGGUGUACCUACCCUCGUACGAGAUGUGCAAGAUUACGAUGGAGCCCUGCGCAAUACUCUACAAUACCUCAUACUUUCCGUCCUUUUUAAAGUGCAACUCUACAUUGUUCCCGCCAAAAUGCGAUAACGCCGCGAGGGAAAUGAAGUUUAAUACGACGGGGAAGUGUCUUACGCCGCUCAUACACACGGACAAGCAUAUGCAUUUUUAUGAAGGUAUAUCUGGUUGUGGUCUGCCGUGCCGUGAUCCACUAUACACUGAAGAUGAACACCAACAGAUACACAGACUGGUCGCGUGGGGUGCAUCCGCGUGUCUCGCUCUGAAUUUGCUGACCGUGGCAACUUUUCUCAUAGACUGGCGGAGUGCUAAUAAGUAUCCGGCGCUUGUUAUAUUCUAUAUCAACGUCUGUUUUGCUGUCGCUUCCAUGGGAUGGUUGGUUCAAUUCGGAGUGGGUUCUCGGGAUGACAUUGUGUGCUCAAAAGAUGGAACAAGGCGACAAGGUGAACCAUCGGCUGAAGAGAACUUGUCUUGUGUUGUUGUUUUUGUACUGGUAUACUAUUUUAUGAUGGCGGCUUGCGUCUGGUUUGUUAUAUUUACGUACGCUUGGCAUAUGAGCUUCAGAGCAUUAGGUAAAAUUCAAGAUAGGAUUGAUAAAAAGGCAGCUUAUUUUCACUUGGUGGCGUGGUCCCUACCAUUGAUUCUCACGAUCACCACCAUGGCGUUUGGAGAAGUUGACGGGAGUAGCAUCACCGGUGUUUGUUUCGUGGGAUAUGUGAAUCAUCCGAUGCGAGCCGGUCUUCUGUUAGCCCCACUUUUUGUGGUUCUGGUACUUGGAGGUUACUUUUUGUUGAGAGGUGUCUUCUCCCUCAUAGCCGUUCGUGUCUCCAGUAAAGACGUUAUAUCGCCUCGCGCGGCUAAUAAGAUCCGUCAAACAAUAACUCGGUGCUCGCUAACCGCGACUUUGGUUGCCGUCUUCAUCUGCGUCACUUUUGCCUGUCACGUGUACGAAUUCAGGAACGCUGAUUCCUGGAAGGAAUCCUUCAAGAGGAAUAUUAUAUGUCGUCUCGAAGCAUUAAAGGACCCAGAAAAGGAAUGUUCGAACGGCGCUCGUCCUUCCGUAUCGGUACUGCAAUUAAGGCUGCUCUGCUGCUUUGCUGCUGGGGCGCUUAUGGCCUCGUGGACCUGGACACCUGCAGCAGCUGCUGCCUGGAGACGUUAUAUGGCAAAAAAGUGCGGAUGCUCUGUGGAAGCGGAGAUGACGCGUCGUGCGCACAAGCACGAAUUGAUAGCGCGCGCUUACCGGCGUCGUAAUGAGUUCAUGACUCGCGGUCGUCUGUCGAUAUCCCUGGGUGGGUCGAGGCAGGAUCCUGUGGGAUUGUGUCUUGACCAUACUUCGCCGAUCGAUUGCCCAGACGAUGCCAAGCAUGAGAGUCAUAAUUGUUUCAGUGGCGAGUUGUCGUCGUCUUGGGCAGCAAACCUGCCUCGCUUUGUGCGUCGCCGGGAUGCCCUUGUUCUACCGACUCAUGCGCAUCAUUCACUCAGUUCAACACCCGAUCGUCGCAAUUCACAGGACUCGCAGAUCAGCAUUAGCCUUCGUCACGUCUCCGUGGAAUCACGUCGGAAUUCCCUCGACAGCCAACUCUCAGUUAAGAUUGCGGAAAUGAAAACCAAAGUGGGUAGGAGAAGAACUAAGCAUACGAAGACGAAGCGUAAAAGCCGUGCAGCUAGGAAGGAGAGUACGCCCUCUAUCGAGAGUCAGAUUAGCAGGUAUUGGCUGCAAGCGGUCGCAGGCAAUAAUGACCCUUCGCGAGAGGAGGUUAAGUUCAGUUUUGAUUGA